CUGACUUUCUACCACUCCCCUUUCUCUCCAGUGUUUAUGUUCCUCAGCUCCUUGAAGCCAAGCCAAUGCAUGGUCCUCGUCCUCCUCCUCGCCUGUUAAUCUAACUCACCACCUCUCGUUCUUUCUCAGCCCUAUCUCUCUCUCAGUGUCUCAGUCUCGCUCACCCACUUGCUACUUAAACCUAAAAACAGUUAAACCUCUCAUUCAGCUCAGUGUUGGGAUGCAUUUGAGUGUUUAACUGAGGUCUGGAUACUAGAAACCUGCAGGACUGGGAGGAUUUUAACUGCGAAAGUGACACCCUGAUUACAGGGGGACCACACGUGGGCGACCAUGUUGGGUCAGAGUGUGCGGUUGCAGCCGGUGCCCAUCCAGAGCCUGUCAGAGCUGGAACGAGCCCGGUUACAGGAAGUCGCCUUGUACCAUCUAGAAGAACGGGACUUGGACUUUAAGAUCAGCAUCCCCAGGGAAAUACACAAACGGAGAAAAUCUCUGCGGAGGAAGUUUGACUCCUUCUCCAAAGAAAAGAAAGAGCGAGAGUCAGCUCCCAAGGCAUUCGGCAUCCCUCUGUCCCAGGUCAUUGCCAACGAUCGGGCCUACAAACGGCGGCAGGAUGCCCUGAAGGAGAGCAGGAGGGACUGUCUGGACCUGGAGGCCAGCAUCCUGCGCUUCAGGGCUGAGAAACGCCAGUUCUUCAACGGGAACAAGCCGCUGGUCGGCUCCUCGUCUCUGACAGGAGGAGGUCCCAUGUCUCCAUCUGCAAACUCAGUGGCACCGGCACCGUUCUUCGAAAACCAGAACAAACCGCUGUCACCUACAUUUCUGGACAACAGUGGACGAGGACAGAGACGGGGUGGUCUGUCGGUGGACUCCAUCUCUGACCUUGUGGAGAGUCAGUCUCGCCUGCUGGAGGCUCUGCAGCUCUCCCAUCCGGCUGAGCUGGAACUGAAGAAGUCAGCGGGUGGAGGGUCGACGGAGGGGAGGACGCAGACGAAGCUCAGCCUCAACCCCAUCUACAGACAGGUUCCCCGGGUACUGGAGCGCUGCUGCAGCCACAUAGAGACCCACGGGCUUCAGACGGUGGGGAUAUUCAGAGUAGGGAGUUCUAAGAAAAGAGUGAGACAGCUGCGUGAGGACUUUGAUGUGGGGGUGGACGUCCAACUCGAUGAGGAGCACAGCGUCCAUGAUGUGGCAGCACUGCUCAAAGAGUUUCUGAGGGACAUGCCUGAUCCUCUGCUUCCCAGAGAGCUCUACCCUGCCUUUCUGCACUCGAACUUACUGAGAGGAGCCGACCAGCUUCAGUACUUGCAGCACCUCCUCUACCUGCUCCCUCCCUGUAACUGUGACACCUUGCUGCGCCUCCUCACCUUGUUACACACCGUCCAGAGCUUCGCCCAAGACAGCAUAGGAACCAACGACGAGGAGAUCACAGGUAACAAGAUGACGGCUGCUAACCUGGCAGUGAUCUUCGGGCCCAACCUGCUGCAGAGGGAAAAAGGAGGAGACGCAACGCCUCAUGGCAUGGGCAUCGAGGACAGUACGGCCAUUAUCAGCGUCACUCUGGUUCUCAUACAAAACUACAAGAGACUCUUCACGGUAUCUGCAGAGCUGCAGCAGGAGGUUCUGAUGAGUCUGAUCCAGACUGACCCCGACAUUAUCGACUAUUUGCUUCGCAGGAAACUCAGUGGCAGUCACCUGACGUUGGACAGCAGCAGUGAGUCAGGGGGUCGUCGGGACACAGGAGUGUCUCUGGACUCCGUUGGGGCCUCCAGUGGGAGUUUAUCACCUCUGGAGCCCCCGUCACCGCUUUUCCCUCCGGACGGGAACGGCAGUGAGGGCAGCCUGACCAGUGAGGUCUUCCUCAACGUGCUCAAACUGAACCAGAACAGGAAGCGACAGGAAAGCAGAUACGGUGAAGCCUCUCCCGGUAAAUCCAUCCGUCACAUGAGACAGUUCCACUCCCACCACAACCUGCUCAGUCUGGCCCAGCCUUCCUCCUCUUCCUCCUCCUCCUCCAGGCUCCUGGGUCACGACCCCGACGCCCCGGACCGCAGAGGCCCGCUGGGUUCUGCUCUGAGCUUCACGAUGGGCAGCAGCUCUGGAGGAAGAGGCAGCUGCUCCAGUCUGAGCGGCUCCAACGACAGCAACAUCUGGGUGAGACAAACACCGCAGGACGAUGCCAAACCAUCUCCUGCCACCAACUUCUGGGACUUCUUCACCGGCAAAGGGUCGGGUUCGGAGACAAUAGUAUGAUGAUGGUGGAUGAGUACGGAGGGAGGACAUGUCUUCUUUUCAGAGGCUGCAAAUCAGUAACACUUUAAAGAAAUGAUCAGGUAACUUUGAUGACUUAUUACAGUUUUCUGUAACAAUGUCAUUUGACAUUUAGGACUUAUGAAACAACAAAAACAAGCAACAAAAACAGUUUAUCUAGAUCUUCUGGAUCUUGAAGUCUGACUAAGGAUGGGAUUUUAUUUUUGUGAUAAAUAUUUCUUUUAGACAUGAAAAAAGAUUUUAUAAUGAGAUUUUUUUUAUUUUAAUCAACAACUCUACCCAGUUGUUAUUUACUGUCAUGGACACUUUUAUAUUUAGGUUUCAUAUGAAGCAAAUAUUUAAUGAGCUUAUUAAUAAAUAAAAUGAAAGUCCCAGCAUUCACCAGCAAACUAUCAGGAAAUGAUAGAUAGAUAGAUAGAUAGAUAGAUAGAUAGAUAGAUAGAUAGAUAGAUAGAUAGAUAGAUAGAUAGAUAGAUAGAUAGAUAGAUAGAUAGAUAGAUAGAUAGAUAGAUUUUCCUCAAAUUGUACUUCUAUAGAGACAUGUACUAUAUUGAAAAUGAUCCAGUACAUAUCUGUUUUAUUUUAUAUGUUUCUGGGCUUUUAAAUAUGACGCUGGUGCAGCACUUAACAUUUUGAUCAUCAAAAGGCAUUAAUAUUGAAUUUUGAAUUUUCCUUGUUUAUCGCUGAACAGGAAGCUUAAAUUUUCUGUGUUUUUUGGCGCCUCUGAAAUGCAGCACGUGUAUGCAAGUAGUUCAGAAAGCUGACCAGUGGAAGAGGAAAACAUUCCAAAAUGACACUUUUCACAGGUUGAAAGAUGAAGUCAAAAUACACAUCACUGAAGGAGACAAAAUCGACUAAAUGUAUCUGAGAUUUAUAGAAGGAGAUGCAGUUAUAAUAAUGAUGUACAUAAAGUGUAAAUGAUGUAUUUAUACUUCUCUUUACUACCUAGAACAUGCAUGAGCUUAACUAACACAUCAUUUUGUUUGUGUUCUUUUUUGUGACAUACAUUGAAGAAUAAAAAACCUACCUUUCAGCAAGACAUCAGAGACAAGGACACCUGAUAACAUCGACACAAAGGAAGCGUCAGAGCCACAGAUGUGCUUCCUGUGCAUUUUUUGUAGCAUUGAUUCGCAGGAUAAAAGUUAAACUUACAGUACUUUGUUAUAACUCUUUGAAAAACAUACUCAUUUACUUUGUUGCUGGGUAUUAGAUGAGCUGCAUAUACUGUGAAUUUUUACACUUGUGAAAUAAAUAAAUAGCUUUAACGUCGCUUUUUCAGGAUACUUCUCUUACAUUACAACAAUCUAUAUGUAUAUAUACACAGGUGUGUGCAUCGUGCAUAUAUUCAUGGAUGAAGGAAUUAUUAUUAGUCUGUAAAGGUGGUCCAUCACACUACUGGUAAUAAUCUGGUUAUAGUAUGUCAUGAAAAACUGGUCAUUGUAUUAUAUGAGAUGCAAAAAGUGGAUGUGAUAUGAAAAUUGGUGACAAUAUAGUAUGAUGUCAGCUGGUCGUAGGAUGUAAAGAAUAGUAUGUAGUGAUAAAGUAUUAAUGAGUUUUUCAAGUAGUUUGUGGGACUUUUACAGGUAUAGGCUGAGAGUGACAUCUAGUGAUGGAGGCCUAUGUUGGAUUUGUUUGUCUUUGAGAAGUGUUGUAGACCAUCUGCAAUAUUAAUACUUCAGGUUGCUUCUAUGGCUGUUCAAGCUGUUGCCAACAGCCUCUAGAGGUGAACUGAAAAGGCCAUACUGAAGUACUAUACUGAAGCACUAGGCAACUGGUUUUGGUUUGUUGUAGGCAUUAAAUAUUAAAUCCUCGAGCAUUUCAGGUUGUUGUUAAGGCUUUUUUAGUGUUUUUGUUAGAGUAGUAAGUUGUAAUUUUGGACAUUUAGGCAUUAUAGCUACUCCCUGAGGUAUUUUAGACUGUUGUCUAAUGCUGUUUUUAGGUGGUCGCCUCCAGUGGUGAAGCUGUAAGGCUAUAUUAUAUUAUAGCAUAUAAUAAUUUACGAGAAUAAAUGGUCAUUUGAGACAGUUUUCCAUCAUUUCAGAAGUAGAUUGUCGCUAAGGCAUUAACAAGUAAUCACAAAGAUGCUUCUGGUUCUUUGCUUCCAGUGGUUUAGUUGGAAGUCACUAUUUAGCAUGAAAAUGGGUCGCGGUAAAACAUUAUAUGUAAAGUGUAAAGUGUACAGUUUGUAUUGUUUUUAUAUAUUUUUGACAGACAACAUAGGCAACAUUCAUAUAUCAAACAAACAACUCAUUGAUCCAAUAGUACAAGUAUUGAUCUGUGAUUUUGUGGGUAUGUACAGUAUAUUAUCAUAUAUAACAGAUUUUAAGCAGAUAGAAGUCCAUCAGCUGUAAACUAUUCUGCGUUCACAGAAUAUAUGACGGUAUACGACAUAGUGGUCAUACUGUAUAUAGCAUCAUAAAAACCGUACAUUCCAGUAAAACCAUAAUAAACAUACAGUAAGACAAUAAAUAAACAGAAUUUGGUCUCAGUUUUUCAGUCUUUUAACCUGCAAAUAAAUGUGCCAUAGUUUUUACACUAAGUGAGUGUGGAAAAAAUGCACAAGGCAACUUGAGGCUCUGACAUAGACCUGUAAAUGUAUCCUGGUGGGUCUGGAUUCAAAACUGGGUCUUUUAAAAGCUCUAAAAUGGCUUUUAAAUACAAUCUGAUACUGGACUUUAACACCAUAAGGCAAAUAUGUGCAGCUGUAGAGCAAAUAUGUGCCUGAGUGUUAAAUGUGGAUAUACAAAAUACACCAAUGAAAACAGACUGAAAUUAAGAGCUCAAACAUCACAGCUGAAAAGUCAUUUAGAACCAAAACACAGUGUUUCACUUAAUGUACAUCAAAGUCUGUUUUGUGCAGAUUCAACUGUGCAUUCAUGAUGUUCGCUCAUGUUAUUAUUAGUUGUGUGUAUAUUUUGCUGAUUUCUGGAAGAGUGGGUCACGACUUGAUGACAAUGGGGAAAAAGGUCAGAUCAGAUGAGAUGCGUUACCAGGAUGUAAUUUAGGAAUUUUGCCUUUGAGGUGUUGCAUAACUUUGACCAGAAGGUGGCGACAUAUGCCACAUCAUCUCACUCUGCUAAACUCUCUUAUUAUCAAAUGUGCAUGAAGAUAUUAGGUUUGCAAAUAUUGCCAAACAGCUAGCCUGUCAAGGUGCUUGUUCCAGUCUUUGUCUAGAAAUCUAUGUUUUUAUUGCUGUACAGAGAUUUUCCUACGCUUAUUUCCAUAAAUACAGAAGUUGUACAGAGUCUGUCCUUUGCCUCAGCAGGUGAAUGUUUCCUCAUAUCUUCCCUUGUAGAGAAAACUAGCUAUAUUUUGUCUUUUUGUCAGUGCAUAUUUUUUCUAUAUUGUUCUAAACCAGGAGUAAAAUCCAUCAAGGACAUGUGGAGAAUGUACAAUCUACCUGCAGAAAAUUAAAUGUCAAACUGCCCAU